CAAUUUGUUUCCUGUACUGUGGGUGCAUAUUUUUUGUAGUAUACUCGUAUACUACAAAACUGGCAGCAUACAAGCUUUUCCGUAGCCUUUCUCUCCGUAGAAAAUGUCAUGUGUUUAAGGCAGCACAAGCAUUUUAAGCAUUUCCACUUAACUUUUACAAAAUAUUACGUUUGGGGAAGGUGUAAGCUUGCUUGAGCGAAGACUCCAGACGGUUCAAUGGUCAGUCGUCCGGUAAGUUUCAAGGUCUUUAUCUUUAUCUUUAUCGCCCCUAUAUAUGAGACGUUUUUAAAAGCUCUUAUUUGUUGUACUUUCAUGAGGUGUGCAGAUUUCAAGAACGGCCUUAAAAUUUGCGUUUAAUUUUGCGACCGCGGUCAGAUUUGUGUACUAAUAUGACAGUCGACGAGUGUUAUAAUUUGAAAAGCCGAAAUUUACAUGUAAGAGUUCAUACGAUCGACGCUAAAGUUGGGUAAUGUACCUGGGGGAAAGCCGUCAAAUGAUGAUCGGGCAGGUGUCUAUUUACCUUUAUAUGAACGAAUCAAGCUUUAUUAGCCCUCCCUACCUGGAGGUAUGUGAAAUUGUUAUUGAUAUCGCAAAGGAUAUGCAUAAUCCUUGUCAAGGGAAACUUUACGCUCGACCAAUCAUUUAAAUUGAAAUGACGAAACUUUUGGGUUACGCACUAAACAUAACGGUAAGUCUUUGGCGACCGAAAGAGUGGGGAAGUGGAAGGGAUGCGUGAAUAGUUGGUAUUCCAUUGCUUCUAUUUAAUAUGGUGCCGUGAUAUCUAUGAACAAAACAAGUUUAGGCGGGUAAACAGAGUCAUGUCGGACGUGUUGUGUCUUUGGAGUUACGAAACGAGAACGCUUAUAGAUGUUCUUCUUAGUUCAUGUCAGGAAAACGAACUAAACUCACCUAAAGGGAAAUCUUAGGCAUCAAAUUUCACUUCCUUGUUCUUUGUGUGCUAUUGAUAUUGACAAUAUUAGGCCUGUUUCAGACGUCGUGCUACUGCCUUGCUAAGCUGGCUCGACUGUAGUACAACACUAGCACGACUUGGUUUUAGACGUCGAAUUUAAUUCAGUCGAAUAGAAAGGUUGUUGCCGAAACCAAAACACAAAAAUAAAGAAACGAUUUAGGAAACUUUUAAAUGUAUUCUAAUGUAUGCAUAAUUUAUGAAUUGAGUUCAGCACGGUAGCAGCACGACUUGGUUUUAAACGCCGCUCUACUGCCGUACUAAAGUCGAACUUAAUUCGUCGAUCGUUUAGUUCGGCACGGCAGUAGCACGACGUUUGAAACGGGCCUUACAUGUACAAAACCAGGGCCGUACACAAAGGAGCUUCAUGUAAUUUUAGGGAGGUGAAAAAAGUUAAAGAAUAUAGCGUGAAAUUAUAUGAUUUCUCUUAUGUUAUAAGAAUGGUCUAAAGGCUUAUAAUUUGAUUGAUGAGGGGACAGUUUUAUAUUUCUUGUGAAUUUAGACACAAUGGUACAACAACUCUUUGAAUUACAAGUGAUUGGACUCGACAAUUUCUGUCGUGUUUACGUCAUGGUUGGUGCAGCCUUGAGACAAACGUCGUGCUUGAAUUGCGCCCAUUGUGUUCGUAAAUCUCUUACAUAAUAAGCCCCUUGCAAACGGAUGCAACAUUGUUGGUUGUCAUAUGUUGCGUCCUUUUGCACACUCUGUUGCAUGUUAUUGCGUGUUGUUGGGAGUUGUUGCGUAAAGUUUGACACCAGUAAAACUUUUGAGCUAACAACUCUCAAAAUUUCUUUUGUUGUGUGAUCGCCGAAGCGUAGCCCAACAAUGUUGGAUCCGUAAAGCAUAGCUGUUCCAACAUGGUUGGGGCCACACACGCGCAUUGAGGUCUUAUGGUCUGUAUCCUUCUCACGCCGAUGCACUGCAGGUCCUAACAUUGUUGGGAGGUGUUGCAUCCGUUUGCACACCACUGCCAACACGAACGCAACAACUCACAACUUUGUUGGCCCAACAAUGUUGGGAGUUGUUUCGUUCUUUUGCAGGUAGCUUAAUCUUUCUCAAAGUGAAUCUGUGCCCGAACAAAGGGUACCUAUUUGAGUCCCGUAAUUUGGUCAAACUUGUGUCAAGAGAGGAGUCAAAGAGGCUAAAUCUAUACACGCUUUUAAGAAUCAAAAUUUUAGGCCUUCAAGAUGUAACUACAGAGAGCUGUAAGAGUCUCAAUGUGUCUAAUAAUAAUAAUAAUUCCGUUAUUUACCCUCGGCAAUAUUUAUAGCAGUAAUGCUGUGCCGAUAGGUUUUGCCUUUCCAGGCGCAAAUCGGGGAAAACAGCGUUGAGGGAAUUUUGACGGCGUAUCAAAAACAAGGAGGGGAACUAACUCAGUCUUCUGUAACUCGCUUGGUUAGCAAGACUGGAAUUCGUCACUGUUCCACAGUACUGCGGAUCUGCUACAACUGAAAACAAGACAGGACUCAAACUUGGACUUUAACAGUUUAAUCUUCAGCUCGUGGACGUAAAUCACACAGGCACGUGAAUCGAGAAACAGGGAUAACAGUGCUCCAUUUAUACAGACCGAUCAACUUAUUACAACAUCACAAAACAAAUGGAAAGGAGGCUGAAUAAAAUCAGCUGAAAACUGAAAACUAAUCUGGAUAAAUUGAGCUGUAAAUUUCAUAUCCUAAACUAACUGACUCAAAAUUAAAUGUCAGUCGAGCAAAUGAAUUUCGGAAACGUAUAAAGAUUGAGCAGCCACUAAAGCUGUGGAAAAGAAUUGGAGUUUCCUUUGCUCAGGAUUCGAGUCCUUGAAUUGUCAAAACUAAAAACAGUUGGUAUUUGAACAGGAAAGGUCCAGUUUUUCAGCCACUAAGCUGUAUCAUUAUUUCUAGGAAAUGCAAUUUUCGAGGAUACAUAUAAUAUGUGUAUAUAAACUACUUAAGGUACACUGUUCUAAUAAUUAUAUACAGGGAUAAACAUUCCUGGUUAUAAUAUCUGUACAGGCUUAUAAUUUUGUAAUUCACGUGCCUUUAAAUAAAUUUAAAACCUAGUGAAAUCAACAUUUUCCCCCUAACUAAGCUAGUGGGGCCGGGCAACUGCCUGAAACAAAUAAUUCAAAUCAAACAUAACAGGUUAAGAAUCCCAACUCUUCUAGCUAAAUUUACAUUUGCGAUUAUCAGGACUGCAAAUUAAUUUGAUAUCUUAGGCAUCGUAAUGUAUCCUAGUUAAGUACAGUAGAGUGAUUUUACCUAACCCGUGAAAUAGGUAGUAGAAUAAUACGCAAUAUUAUCACUGUAUUAUGUACUAAUUCCAUUGUCUUCUUCUGUUCACCAGUAGGUAUUUUGUAGUAGUUGUUAGUAUCUAUUACACGGGUCAAGUAAAAUCACCCUGUGUAACUUGGUGUGUAGUAAGUUAGGUGUCCCCAUUAAUUUACAACUGUGUUAAGUAAGUAACUAUCAUUAUUAUUAUAUUUUAUGUGAAUACUAAUUUUCUUAACACAGGAGCUGUAGUAAGGAGUUCAGUUCAAGCUACAGGCGAAAUGAAUGUCACACCAUCCUGUAAAGAAAACAAUGGAGGACAAUGAAACUGACAAUGACUUUGAGAAGGACACUUUAAGAGGUGUAUAUAAACUGAAUAAAACGAUUUUAGUAUAGUAGUUGACGUUAUAACAUAGGUUUAACAUAGUAAUAAUCGUUAUUUGGAGAACAAGUACAGAAUUUUUAAGUUUGUUUAGUGUCGUUCUUGGCAAGCCUGUGUAGCUAGCGGUUUGUUUGUAGUCGUAGCCUAUUCCAGGCGUUCAGAUAGUGGAGUGCUGCACAAAAUAAGAGAGCGGGAGACAAAUAAGGAGAUGAGGAUGCGGGAGAAAAACUCUCACCCCUUCCCCACCCCAUCGCCAUUUUUCCUGCGCACAUCUCUUCGCCCCGUACCCCCCUGUAGAGCGCGCACUUUUUCCCCAUUCCCCUCGCGGCUUCUCCGCUCGUUCAGAGGCACGCUCCCCACUGAAAACCGCCAGCAACUCAGGUUAGAUUGACUACCAUAACCUUGCAUAAAACGUCUCUUAAUAGCCGGAAAGAAUGAACAAGUUUGUCAGAAACUGUGAGUAAGGAAGGUACGAACAGUUACAGUUCGUUCCCGGUACGUGCUUCCUAUCUCAGACAGUUGACCAGUCUUAUUUUAAACCCAGGAACGAACCUUGGUCGCGGGGUAGAGUUAUACUAAGCCUUAACUAAAAUAUGGAAUGGCAAGUUUACUUUAACACUGACUAUCCACCAUCUGUUUGAAGUCUUAUAUCACUUGAACUCUCGAUCAUUUAUACUUUUAAUCACUCAAUAAAAAUAGUUCUAGGUUGUUGAAUAUGACGUCAGCCUACGCCCCCCCGUACGAACGCUGUACAGACUGUAAGGAAAGGGCAGGGGUCACUGUGCAAGUAAAGGGAUCGACGAAGGAGUCCAAGACAUGCAUCUUGCGUUUGUCUAGGCGAAAAUUUAACCAGUUCAGUUCUUUUCUCAAUCAACAACAAUGAAAUUUUUUUAUCAAUUAAAGGGGUAAGUUUGUAAAGAAACUGUGGUGUUGCGUCGGUAGAGAAGUAAAACUUACACAAAGACUUAGUUUUAUCAACUGAGCUGAUAAUUAAAGCAAAUCGGCAACAUAGAAAGAUCAAGAUAAACUGGAGUUCAGAAGACGCGCAACAGAAGAAGGCGAUUCAGGAACUAUAAACCCAAAAUCUUAAUUUUGGUUGUAAGUAAACUUCAAACAAAAAGCGGGCUUAUUAACCAGGGUCUUCACUGGCUCUUCACUACAUUUUGUAUGUCAGACAACAUUUUCAGUUUAAAUUAAUCUCUGGCCUCCGCUACUUCAGUUACUAGCAAAACUUUGUAUGUAUUUUUGUUUCAGUAAUUGCGGAGACUAGCAAAAAUGCUGGCAAUGAUGCAUUUCAUAAGGAUGAUUUUGUCAAAGCUAUAAACUUGUACACAGAGGGAAUUGAAGCGAAAUGCAAGGAUGAGGAUCUGAAUGCCAAAUUGUAUAACAACAGGGCAUCAGCUCACUAUCACUUGGGUAAAUAUCAUAUUCAUAUUUACGCAUUGUCAACAUUGCACUAAAUUCCGUAUCCAACAUUCCAUUCUCUAAUUUGCAUCCCAGCCCUGAUACACUUCUGGAAUCUCUAUGUAACUGUCUCUAUUGCCCCAAUGAUGAAUCAGGAUAAAGUCUUAGGUGGGCGAACUUUUUAAAGCUUAAGAAAGUAACAGAGGGGGAAGGGGGGUGGGUUCUCGAUAGACCUCGAUAACAUCGUCUCAAAGCAGAUAGUGCCUGGUCUCUUGAUUUACGUGUUCAUUAAUAGUUCAAUUCACGUAUGCAUCUUCCCGUUCCGCCGAUGUAUACUGCGCUGCAUUCGCAAGGAAUCUUAUAAAAUACUCAAUGUUGCUUCCUUGGGUUACUUAAAGAUCCUUAGAUCGCACAGAAUGUUCAGUGUCGUGUCGAAUAUGAAGACAGCACGGGUGUACGCAUCGUUUAAAUGCAAGACAGGCACUGGUCCUCAAUUAAGAGACCCCUAGAUAAAGCAUAAAUUUUAAGUGCUGAUUUUUCUUCGAGCUGAUAGGGUAAUUCUUUCUAAUCUACUUGAGGAUUAUUCUUUUUAAUUCACGAAUAAUAAGAAAAAAUUCUUGACAGAGAUGUGAUGGCGAACGUUGAGCCUGCUCAGUACCUUAGAAAGAUGAUUUGUCAAUUAGUGACACAGGCAGCUCAGAGGGAAAAAUCCGAGUACUCCCAAUACUCCCUGUGUCACUGAUGAAAAUCAUCUUUCUCAUGUAUUAAACAGGCUCCAAAUUCACCAUCACAUCUGUAUCAUUGCCCAUAAGUACAUAUCAACAUUCUUGACCUAGCAGUAUGCAGGUUAUUUGUCACUUGAACCUUGUUCGGUAGUGCCCUUACCUCCCACGAGUCUCUUGAAGCUUAGUGGUAGAGCAUCUGGACUAGCAGACAGAAGGUCAUAGCUUCGACUCCUAUUGGGCCGCCUGUAUGCGUCACUGAUUGAAAAGUCAUCUUUCUCUAAAAACUCUCUUUCAGAGAAUUACCAUGAUUGUCUGAGUGACGUAAAAGCUGCGACAGCACUACAGCCGUCUUAUCUCAAGGCGAUUAUCAGAGGUAAAAAUGAAUCACAGUAGAAAACCUGAAUUUUUUUCUCCAUUUAACCAUUUCGAAUGCGUCGCCUUUUUUUCCCUAGGGGCGAAGACCUGUUUAAAGUUGAAGAAGCUCGAAGAAGCCAUCAUCUGGUGUGAUAAAGGACUGGCCGUAUCCUUUCUAUGUUAUCGUCUUCACAGACCUUCUUUUUCUCUUUUUUUGACAUCUUAGUGUGCGCGUACGAAAAUAAAAACCGCAGGGGAUUUAUUAAGCAGCAACGCACUGGAUAAAUUACUCAAAAAGAAGGAAGGAAAAAGCGUGUGCGGACAGACUAUCUUUAAUUAGAAGAUCACAUACAAAUCCCUGACCGCACAGAUUAUUACCUCCUUUACUUUUACUAGGUCAAUGUCUCUUUUUUUAUGUUUUGGUAAAUUAAGCUUGAAUCGAUAAAAUUGGUUUAAAUAUUAAUUGAAUUUUUGGUGCCAUGUUCUGACGUCUCACACAAAGAGUAGCGUACAAAACAGAUUAUCGAACCGUUUUAAAACACAGCUCAACUGAUGCUGCUGCUACUAAAACGUGUCAUUCCUGCCACUGCCGUCAGCCUAGUUUAAGGUAAAAGCAGAUUAUUUUCUAUCCCCUUAACUUUUGUAAGAUUGACAAGGACAAUAAGGAUCUGUUGGAGAUAAAGACUUGUUCUGUCAUAGAACGCGAAAAGAUUUUAACACAGGAAGGCGAUAAAGCAGCAAAAGAGGAGAGCGAUUCACAAACAAACCAAACAUCGUUUGAUUGUACAGGUAAGUGUUAAAACUCCAAACACAAGGCGUACCUAUAACGAGCGUCUUUAUUUCAAGUGGUUCUACAAUUUGUCAGCCGCAUCAAAUGUUAUGUUUUUUUCUCUGACCUUGACUCAUUAAAAUACUGGCAGAACUCAAAACCACUCUGUUUGUAUUUUUAUUUCAGCCAUAGCAGAAACUCACAAAAAUGCCGGCAAUGAUGCAUUUAGUAAACAUGAUUUUGUCAAGGCUAUUAACUUGUACACAGAGGGAAUUGGAGUAAAAUGCAAGGAUGAGGAUCUGAAUGCCAAAUUAUACAACAACAGGGCAUCAGCCCAUUAUCACUUGGGUAAAGUAUCAUUCAUAUUAUAAUAACUUAACGCACUGUCAACACUGCAUGUUGUUCCGUAUCCAACAUUCUAUUGUCUAUUCUGCAUCUUUGCCCUUUUACGUUAAGACACUCCUGGAAUCCCAAUUCAACUGUCUCUCUUGGCCCUAUUGAUGUUAUCAGGGUCGGUGAAGUCUUAUGUCCUAUUAUCAUCACUUGGUUAUGCGGACGAUCUUGUUAAAGCCUAAGGGAGAAACAGUGUGGGAAGGGGGAUGGGGUCUCUAUAGGGAAUUUUUAACUUCAUCUCCCAAAGAGCGUAGUGGCUGGUCUCAUUUGCAUGUUCAUUAAUAGCUCAAGUCUGUAGUCCCUGAAAAGCGUACGUCCGUUUUAUGUGCCGUAAUAGGUUCAAUUUAUGCACGCAUCUUCCAGUUCCGCCAAUUUAUACUACGCUGCAUUCGCAAUAAGGAAUCUUAUAAAACACUGACAAUCUUGCUUCCUUGGGUUACUUAAGGAUCCUAAGAUCGCACAAAGUGUUGUCAUUUCGAAUAUGAAGACAGCUCGGUUGUACCCAUCCUUUAAUUACAAAAUAGGUACUGCCCCUAAAUUAAGUGACCAGUGGAUAAAAUAUGAAUUUUAAUCGCUCACUUUUUCGAGUUAAUAGGGUGCAAUUCUUUCUGAUCAACUCUACUUGAGGAUUAUUCUUUUUAAUUUAAUUAAGAGAUAAAAAUUCUUGAUAGAGAUGUGAUAGUGAAUUGUAAGCCUUGUAAAUAUAUUGGAAAGAUGAUUUUUUAAUUAGUGAAACAGGCGGCUCGGAAGGAAGAAUCCGAGUACUCUCAAUACCUCCUGUGUCACGGAUCGUAAAACCAUCUUUCUCAUAUAUUCAACAGACUUCAAAUUCACCAUCACACCUCUAUCAUUGCGCAUAAGCACGUAUCAACAUUCUUGACCUAGCAGUAUGUGCCAGGGUAAUUUGUCACUUGAACCUUGCCUUGGCUCCCGCUAGUCUCUUGUAGCUUAGUGGUAGAGCAUCCGGACUAGCAGCCUGAAGGUCGUAGCUUCGACUCCCAUUGGGCCGCCUGUAUGCGUCACUGAUUGAAAAGUCAUCUUUCUCAAAAAACUCUUUUUCAGAGAAUUACCAUGAUUGUCUGAGUGACGUAGAAGCUACGACAGCACUACAGCCAUCUUAUCUCAAGGCGAUUAUCAGAGGUGAAAAAGAAUCUCAGUAGAACACCUGAAUCUUAAAAUUUCCUCCAUUAAAUCAUUUCAAAUGAGUCGACUUUUUUUCACUAGGGGCGAACAACUGUUUAAAGUUGAAGAAGUUUGAAGAAGCCAUCAUCUGGUGCGACAAAGGAUUAGACGUAUCCUUUCUUUAUCCUGUUCACAGACAUUCUAUUUUCUCUUUUGAGAUCUUGUGCGCGUACGAAAAUAGAAACUGUGGGGGAUUUAUUAAGCCGUAACGCACUGGAUAAAUUACUCAAACCAAAAGAAAGGAAAAAAAUUGUGUGGACAGGCUAUCUUUUCUUAGAGGAGUAAAUACAAUCGCUGACCGGGCAAAUUGUUACGUCGUAAUCCUUUAUUUUACUAGGUCAAUAUCUCUUAAUACAGUCGGUUGGUUUGUUGGUGACGCGUCCUGACGUCUCACACAAAGAGUAGCCAUUUAUAUACACGUACAAAACGGAUUACCGAUGAACCAUUUCUCCAAUUUCUGCUGCUGCUACUACCACUGCCGCCAGCCAAGAUUAUUAUUAUUUUCUACCCCCUUAACUCUUGUAAGAUUGACAAGAACAACCAGGAUCUGUUGGAGAUAAAGACUUGUUCUUCCAUAGAAUGCGAACACAUUUUAACACAGGAAGGUGAUAAACCAGCAAAAGAGGAGAGCAAUCCACCAACAAACCCAAGACCUCUUGAUCGCACGAGUAAGUAAAAUCCAAACAGAAAGCGCACUUGUAAUCAUGGCCACGGUCUUUACGUCAAGUGGAUGUACAAUUUACCAGGCAUCAAAUGUUAUGUUUUGAUCUCUGGCUUUCACUCAUUUAUACUGGCGGAACUCAAAACCACUCUGUUUGUAUUUUUAUUUCAGCUAUGGCAGAAAUUCACAAAAAUGCCGGCAAUGAUGCAUUUCUUAAAGGUGAUUUUGUCAAGGCUAUUAACUUGUACACAGAGGGAAUUGAAGUAAAAUGCAAGGAUGAGGAUCUGAAUGCCAAAUUAUACAACAACAGGGCAUCAGCCCAUUAUCACUUGGGUAAAGUAUCAUUCAUAUUAUAUUAACUCAACGCAUUGUCAACACUGCAUUUUGUUUCGUAUCCAACAUUCUAUUGUCUAUUCUGCAUCUUUGCCCUUUUUCAGUUCCGCCAAUUUUUGCUUCGCUUUAUUCGCAAGAAAUCUUAUAAAAUACUCACAAUCUUGCUUUCAUGGGUCACUAAACUUUUCUUAGAUCACAUUAAGUGUUUCAUCGUGUCGGAUCUGAUAACACCUCGAGCGUACGCAAGGUUUACGUAGAGUCUAUAAAGUAGCCGCUGCCCCCUCAGUUUGUGCCGAUUAUUCUUUUUAAUGUGGGUGUAAUAAAACUCUUUUUCAGGAAAUUAUCCAGAUUGUCUAAGUGACGUAAAAGCUGCCACAGCACUACAGCCGUCUUACCUCAAGGCGAUUAUCCGGGGUGAAUAUGAAUCUCAGUUGAAAACUUGAAUUUUUCCUAAAACAAUGAUUUCAAACGAGUGGACUUUUUUCACUAGGAGCGAACACCUGUUUAAAGUUGAAGCAGUUUGAAGAAGCCAUCAUCUGGUGUGAUAAAGGACUUGCUGUAUCCUUUCUUUAGCCUGUUCACAGACCUUCUAUUUUCUCUUUUCAGAUCUUCUAGUCUGCGUACAAAAAAUAAUCCCCGCGUGGGAUUUAUUAAUUCGUAAUGCACUGGACAAAUAACUAGUUCGCUAACGUACGUGUGGACAGGCUAUCCUUUCUUAGAAGAGUAAAUACAAAAACCCUGACCGCGUUAUUAAUACUUCAAUUUUGCUACGUCAACGUUUUUUUUAAUUAUUUUUCAUCUUCGUUAUCAGUAUCCUUUCUUGGAUCUCCUGUCAAAGUCUUUAACGGUUCUUAUUUUUUCCAGGAGGCCCUAUGUGGGCCUCUCGGAUAACAUGAUCUAGGUCUUGAUAACUGAAGACGGAUAACUUCUGCCUGAGGUGUUUAUAACUCAGACAACUCAAGACUAAGUAAGAAAAUCAGUCUUGCGGGGCAAAUUCGUUCCAGGAAAAAUUCAGAGUUUGCAGUUUCAGCAAAAAAUUAGCCUGGGACCAGGCUCCGAAGUGGGGGGAAAGGCAAAACACGAAGUGAAAUGGGAAAAAUAAAUAUCGGCUAGCGAAGUGCGUCGAUGGGUGGGCCGGGGAGGGGGGAUGGGCGGUGCCACAGCCACCCUUUCCCUACCCAGACUACUGCUGGGCUCGCUUCGCUCGCCGAUUUUUUUCUCCUCUUCCCCCAAUGCGGAGCCUGGUCCCAGGUUACAAGAGUUGGAAAAGCAUAACAAUAAAGAAACCGAGAAAAAAAUGUCGUAUAAACAGUGUAUAGAGGCAAUAUUGCAUUGUUUGCAUACGGCUAUAUGAUCGCCCGUUUUGCAUUUAUUUAGUAGCAUGCUCGUUUCUCACUUCGACUCAGAUGUUUUGUUUGAAUGAUGAAACUUAGCUGGUGCUCAUAAUAAGGGCCCGUUUAAAGGAUAAUGUUGCACAAAAUCCUACUUCUCACAAAUUCACGAACAACAAAAAUACUUGAAAUGAAGACGCCUCAACGAUUCCUCCCGGCUGGCGAAUCCGCGCUCUCGGAACCAUUCAGGUUUCAAGGAUUUGGGAAUUUUUCUCGCUUUGACAAAUAGCCAUGUGGGGCUUGUUUUUUUCACGUAUAUUCACUCAGUGUUUUUAAGGGGUGAUUCUUGUUACAAACCUUGUUUCUCGUCUAUUUCAAAAUAUUUUCUUCUAAAUCUGACCAAGAUUGCAUCCAAUCAAAAAGUGGCUCCAUAAUUAAAAGGUUGGCAUUUUUGGAUGAUUUCUUGACCGUUUUCAACGAAUAAAAGUGGGGGAUGUAAAAUUGGAAAAUACUGGAUGUAACAUAUCAAGCAUGACAUGCAGUGUUUCAUCACCAGAUGAAACGCCGAGAAGAGAGUUAAAAAUACGACGCGCAGCAGAGUAUUUUUGACGAACUUCGAGGUGUUUCAUCUGAUGAUGAAACACUGUGUCGAAUGCCUGAUAUUGCUUCUCAAACAAAAUGAUUUUAGAAAGAGAAAUCAAGGAUGAAAAAAUGAGCAGUUUUUCAUCUUAUUUCCAAACACUCGUUAAACAUCAUUUUCUUUUGCAUUUUAAUUAUGAAUUAUUAAUGACUUUGAGAAAUGAGGAUAUGAAGGAAAUAAUGAGCAGGCAAAUACAAGAUGGUCCACCAUCACCACAAGGUUCCCCUGAGCUCAUUAGUGGAUCAACUGGUUUACGUUUAUACCGUUUUCUACUCGUAAUUCUUUCAUUCCUAAAUCAACCCCAUUCCCACCAAAGAAAAGAAACAGCUGGAAUCCAUCCAUAUCCAUAUCGUUUACCAAGACCAUUGUAGGAUACUUUCUAAAACCUGUUUAUCGAACUUGACAGUCGUAAGAUUGACAAUGUUAACAAGGAGCUCUUUGAAAAAAGGAGGAUAAGCCAAAGGGAUACUCCAAAGUCAGAAUCUAACACUGUGAAAAAAACGGUUAGUGGUCGAUGCUCUUAUAUUUUGGGCUUACGGGUAAAUGUUUAGCCAAAAGAAUUUGUUAAAAGGAAAUAAAUACGUUUUGAAGUAAGUAUACACAUGGUUCUGAUAAGAAAGACAUUCAGAUGAGACUUACCUCAAACCUACCCCGUUUGCAUGGUUGGGCACACAAUUUUUAGAGACGUACGUAAAAACCAGCAAACUUAUACAAUCAAAUGUCUGAAUAAUAUCUGAACAAAGAGCAAUUCAAUUUUACAGGUGUUUACUCCAUAUCAAUCAUCAACGAAAUUGCCCAAAGAAAACCAACCCGUUGAAACUAAAGAUGAUGAAUUUGCAGGCGUCAUGAGCAAUAUUGAUGAUGUGCCAAAUCUUUCUGGGAAUGUCAACGACAUCGUUAACUUUUACCGCCAAAAGCUCAGUAGUGCCAAGCAUGCAGGAGAUAAAGCUAGUGAAGGAGCUGUGUGUAGUACUCUUGGUUUGUUUUUUCUGAGUCAUGGCGAUUACAAGAAAGCCAUAGAAUAUAACGACCUUGCUCUUGACAUUUUCAAAGAAUUGGGCGACAAGAGACAGGAAGGAUAUGUGUAUCAUCGUCGUGGUGAUGUUUUCCAAAAGCUCGGUGAAUUCGAAAAAGCCAUGGAGUACAAAAACCGUGCACUCAGUAUAGCAAUAGAUCUGGGAGAAAAACCUUUGGAAGGUUACGCUUACUACGGUCUUGGCAAUGCUUUUCGAGGUUUGUGUAGUUAUGAAAAAGCAAUAGGCUUCUACAAGCGUUGUCUUAGUGUCGCCAAAGGUCUGUCUGACAAGACAAUCAGAUGGUCAUUAGAAAGUAUUGCCUAUAGCAAUCUCGGACAUGCUUUUGACUUCCUUGGUGACUACAAACGAGCUGAAACUUACCACAGGCUUCACCUUAGCAAUGCCAAAGAGAAGAGAGACAAGUCUAGAGAGGCAGAAGCGUACAGAGGUCUUGGCAACGUUUUUCAGGGCCUUGGGAAUUUCAGAAAAGCCCAAGAGUAUUACAGCUCAAGCCUUAGCAUUGCCAAAGAUGAACGAAACAAAGAAGCAAUGGUACACUCAUAUGCCGGUCUAGUAAACGCUCUCCGCAACCUUGGAGAUACAAAAAAUGCACUAAAAUACUCUAAUCUGCAUCUUAACUGCGCCAAAGAAUUAGGAAACAAAUAUAGGGAAGGAGAUGCGUAUUGCGCCCUUGGACAUAUUUAUAAAAGUCUUGGAGACUUCAAGAAGUCCAUAGAAUACUUCAAACGCUACCUUGAAAUUGCCAAAGAUUUUGGAGAUUCGGAAGGAGAAGGGGCCGCGUAUGGUGGCCUUGGCAAUGCUUUUUACAGCCUCGGAGAUUUCGAAAAGGCAGUUUACUAUCACAACCAACAUCUUGAUAUCGCUAAAAAUAUUGGAGAUAAGGAAGGGGAGGCGUUUGCGCAUGGCAAUCUCGGCAACGUUUAUCUCAGUCUUGGUGAUUUGAAGAAGGCCAACUACUACUACUUACGCCGCCUCAGUAUUGCAAAAGACCUGGGAGAUAAGGCAGGGGAAGGACGUGCGUAUGGCUAUCUCGGCCGCACUUAUGAACAUAUUGGCGAUUACGACAAAGCCAUGGUCUAUAACAACCGGUGUCUCUGUAUUGCCCAAGAACUUGGAAACAAGGCUGGGGAAGGGGUUGCCUGUGGCAAUUUAGGCAGAGUUUCCAAAAGUAUUGGUGACUACAUGAAAGCCAUAGAUUGGCACAAACAACAGCUUAGAAUUGGUAAAGAAAUAGGAGACAAAGAAAUGCUAGGCAUAGCCUACUAUAAUAGUGGACAUUGCUUUGAGAUGCUGAAAGGUUUACCUGAAGCACUCGAAAGUUACCAAACAAGCGUUAAAGUGUUUAAUGAAAUGAGAAGUCUCCUCCAGUCUGAAGAUCGGUGGAAGAUUGGAUUUCGGAACGAAUAUAACCAUACUUACACAGGUCUCUGGAGAGUUUUGUUAAAACAAGAAAAGAUUGCUGAAGCUCUGGCUGCUGCCGAAGAAGGUCGGGCCCAGUCACUAGCUGAUCUUAUGACAUCCCAGUAUGGUUUAAAAGAAUGUCAAUACAAAGGAAAACCACUAGAAGAACAGGAAUUUGGCAUGUUGAACCACACUUUAUCAAGUACCAUAUUCUUAGCUGUAGACGUGGUCGAAAACAAAGUAAAUAUCUGGGUAAUUUCAAAAGAGAAACCCCUACUUCACCAAGAGAAGACACUUGGCCGUCAUUGUACAAAGUUUUCAGCUGAAACAUUACAGUCCUUGAUUCAAUUUGCCUACGAAAAGAUUGGUGUUCGUACUAAAGCUAACUGCGAAAAUCGGUCUUUAGAUGUGUUUCGCGAAAACUGCUCUGCUGUGGAGCGGUCAUCCAAAAAGAGCUCACAACCCAUUCUCCAAGAAGAUAUUCAUCCCUUGUCAGCUUUGUACAGCUACGUGAUUGCCCCGAUAUUAGAUCUAAUUGAUGGCGAUGAGCUAAUAAUUGUUCCGGAUGGUCCAUUAUGGCUUGCUCCGUUUGCUGCAUUACUGAAUCCGUUUUCCAAAUACCUGUAUGAAUCAUUCAAAGUCAGAAUAAUUCCUUCACUAACAAGUUUGAAAAUUAUUGCUCAUUGUCCAAAAUUCCACAGCAGUAGUGGAGCUCUAGUUGUAGGAGAUCCAGACAUGAGUGAAGUUACCAACAGACAAGGAGAUGAGAUCCUGGAGCAGCUUCCUUUUGCCAGACAAGAAGCACAGAUGAUCGGACAGAUUCUUAAUACGGCACCUCUCACUGGAAAAUUAGCCACCAAAUGUGAAGUGCUAAAACAGAUUAGUUCGGUUGCCGUAGUACACAUUGCUGCACAUGGACGCAUGGAAACCGGAGAGAUAGCGUUGAGCCCGAAUCCUGAAAGGGAAUCACAAACCCCUGCAGAAGAGGAUUACAUGUUGACAAUGGCAGAUGUGAUGAGUGUGAAGCUGCGAGCCAAGCUAGUUGUACUUAGUUGCUGUCACAGUGGUCGGGGAGAGAUCAAAGCUGAAGGCGUGGUCGGUAUUGCACGUGCCUUUAUUGGUGCCGGUGCUCGUUCUGUUCUGGUGUCCCUGUGGGCCAUCGAUGACGAAGCCACCUUGGAGUUCAUGAAAAGCUUCUACCACAACCUUGUUAAAGGGCGAAGUGCGAGCGAGUCCCUUAACCGCGCAAUGAAAUGUCUCAGAGAAUCCGAGAAGUUCGGCGAUUUAAAAUACUGGGCGCCUUUUACACUUAUAGGCGAUGACGUCACUCUCGACAAACAAGAAGAAAUCAGGGUCUCAUAAAUAAAUUAAGGAACUAUGUCGCUAUAAGACAGAGAGAUGGUAUGAAACAAAGUCUUAUCGAUCUUCCCACAACGUCAUCUGACUGUGAGAAACGUAAAUAAGAAUUACAUAUCGCCUGCCUAAAGUUACCCAGAUAAUGCCCUUUUGAGUAAAAGAAACGGUAUGUCUUCUCUUCUGCGAAGAAACAAAUCACGGCUGCGAGGGAGACUAGCAGUCUAAGCGAGUGGACAAUUUAUUUCAAUAAUAAACUGUAGCAAGUUCAAUCUCAUGUAUCAUGUUCUGUUUCAUUUUUCGGAC